GUGUGUGUGUACGUGCACACAUAGCCUAUAUAUACACACGUAUGGAGACUUUUUAACAUUUAACUUGACAUUAGUUCUUCUGGCAUAACUUUGACCCACUUAUUUAUUUAUUGUUUGUUUGUUUUUGUUUGUUUAAUCAGAGCAAACGAAAAUCUCAGCGCGUGUUGUACUUUUACUUUGAAAUCCGAGCCGCUGUGACCUUAUUUUGAAAGCUGUGCCGGAAGCUGUCCGGUACCGUGGCGGCGGGGCUGACGGCGAUGAUGAUGCUGAGGAGAGAGCAUCCUCCGCGGCCGCAGGCAGGCCGCGAGCCCCGGUGGAUGUGAUGUUACCGUCAUUGUUAUCCGCAUUAAAUGUGAUUUUCUCGGCGUGAGUCCGGACCGCUCCCCGGUGUUCUCCCGCUGUUCUCCCGCUGUUCUCCCGCUGUUCUCCCGGUUCACAUCCUGCGCUCCGCGAUGGUGGAUUUAUCCGAGAGUGGUGCAGUGUCGCCCGGGCACAUCAGACACGGCAACACCGGCAAGAAAACGUCGAAAAAGUCGCGCACGAGAAGAGGCAAACGCGGACGGAAGAGGAAGAAUAAAAAGACCAACCGGAACAGCAGGACCCCGCCGCCGUUCUUCCCCCCGGAGGCUGAAGAAGGAAACAUCGAGUACAAGGUAAUUAACUCUUUGUGUCCUGCUCUCAUUUACUUUACUUCACCGUAUAAAGUAUAUAAAGUAUAUAAAGUACAGGAUGUGCUGCAU